AUGGGCGAGGGCGGGCUGCCCCCGGCCUUCCAGCUGCUGCUGCGCGCCUGUGACCAGGGCGACACGGAGACGGCGCGGCGGCUGUUGGAGCCGGGGGCGGCGGAGCCGGCUGAGCGCGGCGCGGAGCCCGAGGUGGGCGCCGAGCCGGCGGGGGCCGAGGCGGCCGGGCCCGGGGCAGCGGUGGCGGCGGCGGGAGCGCCGGUGCCCGUGGACUGCUCGGACGAGGCGGGCAACACGGCGCUGCAGUUCGCCGCGGCCGGCGGCCACGAGCCGCUGGUGCGUUUCCUGCUGCGGCGCGGCGCCUCGGUCAACAGCCGCAACCACUAUGGCUGGAGUGCGCUCAUGCAGGCGGCCAGAUUUGGGCAUGUGAACGUAGCACACCUCCUCUUGGAUCACGGGGCCGACGCCAAUGCUCAGAACCGUCUGGGGGCCAGCGUGCUCACUGUGGCCUCUCGGGGUGGCCACCUGGGAGUGGUGAAGCUGCUCCUGGAAGCCGGCGCGUACGUGGACCCUCCCAGCUCCUCGGGCGAGCAGCCAGGCUCGGGGGACAGUAGGAAUGAGUUGCUGGACAUCACGGCCCUGAUGGCCGCCAUCCAGCAUGGGCACGAGGCUGUGGUGCGCCUGCUGAUGGAAUGGGGUGCCGACUCCAACCGCGUGGCCCCCACUGUGGGCUGGAGCCCGCUCAUGCUGGCUGCGCUUGCCGGGCGGCUGAGCAUCACCCAGCAGCUGGUGGAGAAGGGAGCCAACCCCGACCACCUCAGCGUGCUGGGGAAGACUGCCUUCGAGGUGGCACUGGACCGCAAGCACAGGGACCUUGCCGAUUACCUGGACCCACUGACCACCGUCAGGCCCAAAACAGAUGAAGAGAAACGGCGACCUGACAUCUUCCAUGCACUCAAAAUGGGAAACUUCCAGUUAGUCAAGGAGAUCGCCGAUGAGGACCCUAACCAUGUGAACCUGGUCAACGGGGACGGAGCAACACCCCUGAUGCUGGCAGCCGUCACGGGGCAGCUGCCGCUGGUGCAGCUGCUGGUGGAGAGACACGCCGACGUGGACAAACAGGACAACGUGCAUGGCUGGACAGCCCUCAUGCAGGCCACCUACCACGGGAAUAAGGAAGUCGUCAGGUACCUGCUGAACCAAGGGGCUGAUGUCACCCUGCGCACCAAGAAUGGAUACACAGCCUUUGACCUGGCAAUGUUGCUCAGCGAGCCCGACACGGAGCUUGUCCGGCUGCUGGCAUGCGUCUGUAUGCAGGUGAACAGAGACCAAGGCCGGCCCAGCCCCCAGCCAUCCCUGCCCCACCUGAAGGUCACGGCGCCCUGGAGCAUCCCCACGCUGCCCGACGAGAAGGGUGGCCUGAAGUCCUGGUGGAGCCGGAUGUCCAAUCGAUUCCGAAAGCUCAAGCUGAUGCAGACACUGCCCCGCGGGCUGUCAGGCCAGCAGCCCUUGCCUUUCGCCGAUGAGCCCGAGCCAGCACUGGACUCCACCAUGAGAGCGGCCCCCAGGGACAAGACGAGCCGCUCGGGGCUAUCCGAUGCAGCCCUCGCAACCAAAGAUGGUGGUCCCGGGAGCAUGCGAGGAGAAAAGGAAGAUGCAUUGCUGACCACCAUGCUUCGGAACGGAGCCCCCUUCACCAGACUCCCGAGCGACAAGCUGAAGGCAGUCAUCCCCCCCUUCUUGCCCCCCUCCAGUUUUGAGCUCUGGAGCUCCAGGACAGGCCACGAUGGGAAAAUCAACCCUGCCAAGACUGUGCUGCCUCAGAGACCCAGCAGGGGGCACCCCGUGGGCACCGAGACCGUGACCGUCAGGCCGGUGAAAUUUCCCAGUCUCUCCAGAAGCCACGCCUCUCCUGCCAACUCCGGGAACUUUGGUCACUCUCCUCAUUCGUCGGGUGGCUCCAGCGGGGUCGGGGGUGUGAGCAGGCACGCAGGGGAACUGUAUAACCGGUCAGGUGGCAGCAUAGACAGUGUCUUGUCACAAAUUGCUGCCCAGCGGAAGAAAGCAGCCGGGUUAUCUGAGCAGAAGCCCAGCCAGCGAUCAAGUCCUGGGGGGCCCACGCCUGUGACCAGCCCGUCUGAGCUUCCAACUUCCCCUGCAGGUGGCAGUGGUAGCGCACCCAGCACCAAGCAGAAGUUGGAGACCAGCAAGAGGCCCCCAUCUGGAACCUCCACUACCUCCAAAAGCACCUCCCCGACCCUCACGCCCUCCCCCUCCCCCAAAGGGCAUGCAGCAGAGUCCUCUGUGUCCUCCUCCUCGUCCCAUCAGCAGUCCAAGAGCAGCGGUGGCUCCAGCAGCGGGACCAUCACUGAUGAGGAUGAACUGACUGGAAUCCUUAAGAAACUGUCGCUUGAGAAAUACCAGCCCAUUUUCGAGGAACAAGAGGUGGACAUGGAAGCCUUCCUGACACUCACAGACGGCGACCUGAUGGAGCUGGGCAUCAAGACGGACGGCUCCAGGCAGCAGAUCUUGGCGGCCAUCUCAGAGCUGAAUGCCGGCAAGGGUCGCGAGAGACAGAUCUUGCAGGAAACCAUCCAUAAUUUCCACUCUUCCUUCGAGAGCAGCGCCAGCAACACUAGGGCCCCUGGCAACGGCCCCUGUGCGUGAUCCUCCUCUGUCCACAGCCUCCAGCAGCAGCUCUCUGAACCCUGCACUGCCUGCACAUGGCCAGGCUGCAGCUCCAUUCCCCAACAUCUACUGUGCUCCCUCGCACCACUGUGCCCUAGGCCUGCAUUCCCUCUGCCUGGGACACCCUCCCAGCUGUCUUGCUACAGUCCAUAGUUAAGAUUGUUGCUGCAACAAACUCCAACACACAGACGGAUCUCCCCCAGAGGGCUGCUACUGGCAGGCAGCUGGUUUUCAUGGUGAUUCAGAACCCAGCUGUUGUGUUCUCUGCUAUCCCUGGGUGCUUCAGAGGGCCUUGCCUUUGCCUGGCAGGAAGGGAGAGGAGAGAAGGCACCAACCACUUCUUAACUACCUUGUCCUUAUCCAACAUGUAUCACUGCUAGUCCUGUUCCAUGGACCACCAAUAGUUAUGUAUUCUCCCAUGGAUGCAAAGGAGACUGGGAAAUGUAGUCUCUGCAGGCAGUGACUUCCCAGCAACUCUAAACUCUGAUAAGAGUAUGCAUUUUGGUGGAAAGUUCUCCCUCUCUGCUACAUUUUACUUCGAGCUGCUAACACAUUCCUCACCAUCCAGGUCACCUCCCAGGGGGAAGUCUUUCUCAACUUUCUCCUGCAGAACAACUCUCUACAGCUUUUUCACAUAUAUGUGCUCUGGCCUUUCAUCACAUCUUCCACACACAGCAGCCAUGUGUGUGUUGAAUGUGUUUUCCCGUAUUACAGAACCAGCCUACUGUAUAGGAAAGAAAGAAGGGGUACACUGUGUGAACCCCUU